CUGCUGUGAUCAUAUCACCAAUCGUUUCCUUGCCAGCAGUGUUGCGAAUCUUGUACGGCGCAUCACCGUCUCCUAUCCAGCAGUAACACAAACGACACCACCAUGAAGCUAUCAUCAGUUACAAUAGGCACCUCCGCCUUCUUAGCCGGAGGCGCUUCAGCAUGGGGAGGCUUCGGACACAUCACCGUCGCCUACCUCGCCAGCAACUUCGUCUCCAACUCCACCGCGUCCUACUUCCACACCCUCCUGCGCAACGACACCGCCGAUUACCUCGCCAACGUAGCCACCUGGGCCGACUCGAUCCGGUACACCAAAUGGGGCCGAUGGACCGGCCCCUUGCACUACAUCGACGCGAAGGACUCACCUCCCGAUUCAUGCGGCAUCGUCUACGAGCGCGACUGCAAGCCCGAGGGAUGCGUGGUCAGCGCCAUCCAGAACUACACCUCUCGCUUGCUAGACCAAUCGCUACACGUGGUCGAGCGCGCGCAGGCGGCCAAGUUCGUGAUCCAUUUUGUGGGCGACAUCCACCAGCCGCUGCACACGGAGGACGUGGAGAAGGGCGGCAACGGGAUAUCCGUGUUCUUUGAUGAGAGGCGGUUUAACUUGCACCACGUUUGGGACUCGAGCAUUGCGGAGAAGAUCGUCACGCACAAGAAGCAUGGUGUGGGCAGGAGGCCGUUCCCGGCGGCCAAGAAGUGGGCGGAUGCGCUGGCGGAGGAGAUCAGGAGUGGUCAGUAUAAGGCGAAUAGUAGUGAGUGGGUGAAGGGGUUGGAGCUGAAGGAGGCGAGCGAGAUUGCGCUGGAGUGGGCGGUUGAGGGGAAUGCGCAUGUUUGCACUGUUGUCCUCCCCGAAGGCCCCGAAGCCAUCCGCGACCAGGAGCUCGGCGGCGCCUACUUUGAAGCCGCCGCCCCCGUCGUCGAGUUGCAGAUCGCAAAGGCCGGUUAUCGUCUGGCUGCCUGGCUCGAUCUUAUCGUCGCGGCUAUUGGCAAGAACGAGACAAUAAGCCCACCAACCCUACCAAGCCGGCCGGACGUUGUUAUUGCGGAACAAAAGCCCAUGAUGAUGUUGGGCGACCUAUAGAACAGGCCUGGUGGAAGGCGUUUCUUGUGGACCUUGGCGUUGGAAGAGUAUGAAUCAUGAUCGUAAUGAGCGUUUCGCAUAUGCAUCUUUGCAGCGGUUCGUUUGGUUGAAGUUAUCGGGUUUGGGAAGGGGCAUUUCUGUGAUGUUUUGGGUACAGAAUUAGGAUAUGGAUCAG